AUGUCAUCGACGAAAAACGCACUGCACCGAGCGUUCGGGAUCGAUGUCGCUGCACACGGCGAUCUGGGGAAUACGACACUCGACCCAAAUGUUAACCUGGAAGUCAUCGCACUGGGCCUUUCCCGGACUGGCACGACGUCCUUGCAACUCGCUCUGACCAAGCUCGGAUUUGGUCCUUCACAUCAGGGCGUCGACGCAUUCCGCAGUCUUCCCCGGAGAGAAGCAUUUAUACAACUCAACAAGAAGCUCCUCAACCGAACAUGGCAGGCUGGCGAUCCAGCCCUCAGCGCACGUCUCCGCGAUUUAAUGAAAGGAUACCGCUCCAGCACAGACAACCCCCUCUGCUUUCUGCCUGAUGAGGUCUACGCUGCUUAUCCCAAUGCCAAAUACAUCCUCACCACACGACCAGAUGGGAAGAAUGGCUGGUGGAAGAGCAUAAUGGACGCGGCGGGCUGGCACACUCGCCGGGACUUUGGUCGAUACGUCUUUCGCUUCCUCAUUUGGCCUGUAAAAUUCCUGCGCCGGACGGAUGACAACGUACAAGACGCACAUCGGCUUUGUGAACAGAAACACGGUGGUUUCGAUGCGGACCUUUACGACAAGCACAACGCUCAUGUCCAGAAACUCAUUCCUAAAGAUCAGCUGCUGGUGUAUGAUGUUCGAGAGGGCUGGGACCCGCUAUGUAAAUUUUUGGAAGUCGCUGUGCCGAACGAGGAGUUCCCAAAGCUUAACGAGACCGGAGCGAUGCAGAAGAUCUACUUUGGAAUGAUGAUGUACGGCGCCUUUUACUGGACAAUUUACGCUGGGGGUGCUGCGGUCGCAGCGUAUAUCGCGUGGAAUCCUCAGCUCAUCGCAGGCUUGCUUUCCAGAUCGCAAGAUUACGUCCAGAGUACAAUGCAAAAGUCCGGCUUGCGGUGA